UCCAGGCAUCUGACUCAGAGACCCGCCUCUGUGGGAGCAGAGAACGUCCAGGUCUCAUCCUUUGCCUUUGACGGGGCCCCGUCCCCCGGCUUCCGGGAUAAGCGAUGCCGUGGUCUGGGCCGGGCAGCUGGAGAGAGGAGUGAGGGAGGAGGCAGCCCCGGGGCUGUGUGCAGGGAGGUAGGUGGGCGCCCAGGGACCCGCGCAGUGGCGGCCAAGCCCAGCGCGGUCACCGCCCGUCGGCCGCGCGCCAGAGACCAGGAGAGGAAGAGCUCCGCGUCUUCCCUGAGGAUGGACCCGCACGGCCGUUCUGGGAGGAGAAAACCUACGAAACCCCGGUCCAUCUCGCGGGCCCUGAUCCUCUGUGGCGCUAAGACCAGUGACGAUGGCUCCAGCCCGGACGAGAGAUGUCCUGACCCCUUCGGGGCCGCCCUGGGCCCGGGCGAGGGGGGCGGCCUCCACGCAGCUGCGCCCCUGGCAGGCCCGCGGGAGGCCGGGCCCAGCAGCGCUCCUGGCCCAGCGCCGGCCUCCGAGGCUGCUCGGCUGUCAGCCGCUGGGAGCGACCGGGGCAAGGGCUGCAGGCGGGCGUUCUUCCUGAAGGAAGCAUCUACAACUUCUCGAGAGAAGUCUGGAAAAUCAGAUGCCCAAAGUAGUAACUUCCUGCUUCCCAAAGCCUUUCACCAGAGGACACGCAGCAACUCGACCAGUGUGAAUCCUUACUGCGCAGAUUCUCCAGGGACCAUGAAAGCCGCGGGCCCCCACGACGGGCAGCCUUACUCCCUCUGCAGCGACAGGAAGUGUCUCUCCCAACAGCUGGAUGGUCCAGAGGGAAUGGCUGCGGGCACAUCGAGGCCAACGCGGUCGCUCAGCACAGCUCAGCUCGCGCAGCCGUCUGGGGGCCUGCAGGCUUCGGUCAUCUCCAACAUCGUGCUGAUGAAGGGCCAGGCCAAGGGCCUGGGCUUCAGCAUCGUCGGAGGCAAGGACAGCAUUUACGGCCCCAUUGGGAUUUACGUCAAAACCAUCUUUGCAGGAGGGGCAGCAGCAGCCGACGGAAGGCUGCAGGAAGGUGAUGAAAUUCUGGAACUCAACGGGGAAUCGAUGGCUGGACUCACACAUCAGGAGGCUCUGCAGAAGUUCAAGCAAGCCAAAAAGGGGCUCCUGACCCUCACAGUGAGGACCCGGCUGUCGGUGGCCCACUCCCCGAGCCGCCGCCUGUCCCCGCCGCUGGCUCGCUCCUUGAGCUCCGGCACCUGCACCGCCAGGGACAGCGGCCCCCUCAUCUCGGGAAGCCCCACGGCUCCUGCCGGUGCCUCUGAGUGCAGCCCCCGAGUCAUGGUGGAGGUGUCCCUGGAGAAAGAGGCCGGCGUCGGGCUGGGAAUCGGCCUGUGCAGCGUGCCCUACUUCCAGUGCGUCUCCGGCAUUUUCGUUCACACUCUGUCUCCAGGAUCUGUGGCACAUCUGGAUGGACGACUCCGGUGUGGUGAUGAGAUUGUGGAGAUCAAUGACUCCCUGGUGCGCUGCAUGACGCUCAAUGAGGUCCACGCCAUCCUGGGUCACUGCAGUCCCGGGCCAGUGCCCAUCACCGUCAGCCGCCAUCCGGACGCCCAGGUCUCCGAACUGCAACUCAAAGAGGCUGUGACCCAGACUAUGGAAAACACCAAGUUUGGAAAAGAGAGGCAUCAGUGGAGUCUGGAAGGUGUCAAGAGGCUGGAGAGCAGCUGGCACGGGCGGCCGACGCUGCAGAGGGAGCAAGAGAGGAACUCGGCGCCCCCGCACCGCAGGGCUCGGGAGGUCGUGGUCCGCUCCGGCAGCGACGGCGGCUGUGCGCCCGCGUCCCCGGCUGGGGGUCCCGGCCGCUGUGGGGGGCAGCAGCCGGCGGGCCCGGACGUCAGCUCUCCCAGGCCCAGGGCCGAGCUGCCCCUGGGGCAGGAGCCAGCGGGGCUUCCCGCGGCCCCGUCCAGGCCGGCCCAGGAGAGCCCGCCCCGCCCCGACGGCCAGGACGGCCACCCGCCCCUGAGACUGAAGAAGUCCUUGGAGAUUUUGGUGAGGAAGCCCACGUCCUCCAAGCCCAAGCCGCCACCCAGAAAAUACUUCAAGAGCAGCCGUGACCCUGAGACGGGUCUGGAAGAGAGAGACUCUGCCCCGUGCCCUUCUGGGCACGCCUCGCCCGCCUGUGGCCAGGAAGCUGCGGGGAUGUUAACAUCACGGCUGCCACCGGAAGACACGGCUGGGACAGUCCCCCGUGCCGUCGCCUGCUGCCCAGGACCUGCAGCCGACCCGCACCCAGCGCCCUCCUCGGAGGCCCAGCCGGGCAGGAGAGCAGCCCCCCCAGUGACCCACCCGCUGCUCCGGAGGCAGGCUCGGAUGGACUACAGCCCCGAUACCACAGCCGAAGACCCGUGGGUUAGGAUUUCCGACUGCAUCAAGAGUCUGUUUAGCCCCAUCAUGAGUGAGAACCACAGCCCCAUGCCACUGCAGCCCGCUGCCAGCAGGGGUGCAGAGGGGACGCAGGGCCACCCGGCCGGGACCCCGCCAAAGCUGGAUGCCCCCAGCGGUGCUCCCCAGGUCUACAAGUCGGCCGACAGCAGCGCCGGGAAGAAGGGUCCUCCCGUGGCCCCCAAGCCGGCCUGGUUUCGCCAGAGCUUGAGAGGUUUGCGGAUUCGCGCUGCAGAGGCGGCCGCCUGCACUCAGCCAGCGCCCGCGCCCAGGGGCCACCCGGGGCCCCACACACGGGCCGUCUCCUCCAUCAAGCAGAGAAUCAGCUCCUUUGAGACAUUUGGUGCCUCUCAGCUGCCUGACAAAGGGGCCCCGAGACCAAGCCUCCAGCCCUCCUCGGGGGAGGCGGCAAAACCCGGGAGGCAGGAGGGAAGCAGGGUCUCUGGUCCCGCAGGGCAAGGGGCUCCCCACUCCGCUGUGCAGCUGAUGCCGCAGUGCCAUCCCAAGGCCUCCCAGGCCAGUGAGCCAGGUGUGGCGGGAGCCCUGCCCCCAGGACAGCCAGCCGCUCAGGAAGCCCUCGCCCCUGACACCCACCCGCUCCUGCGGCUGCUGUCAUCUCAGAGUGAGGACGUUCAGGGCCCGGUCGUCAAGGCGCCCAGCCAGCGGGCACGGAGCUUCCCCCUGUCCAGGGCGCAGUCUUGGGAGCUGAGGUCACAGGACGAGAAGACCAGCAGGCUCUACUCCAUCAGCAGCCAGGUGUCCUCGGCCGUCAUGAAGUCCCUGCUGUGCCUCCCGUCCUCAGUCUCCUGCAGCCAGACCGCCUGCGUCACCCCGGAGGGUGCCCCUCCAGCACCGCUGUCCAGGGAAGGCCCUGCGGCGAGCGGUUCUCCAGAAGCUCCUGCCUCCUGCCCGGACUCGGGGUUCUCGCUCAACCUUUCUGAGCUGCGAGAGUACACGGAGGGUCUCAGCGCGCCCACGGAAGCUGACGCCGGGGACCACGGCUCCCCUCAGGCUGGCCAGUCGGUCAUCUCCCUGCUGAGCUCUGAGGAAUUGAAGAAACUCAUAGAGGAAGUGAGGGUUCUGGAUGAAGCAACCUUGAAGCAAUUAGAUAGCAUCCACGUCACCAUCCUACACAAGGAAGAAGGCGCCGGCCUUGGGUUCAGCUUGGCUGGAGGAGCAGAUCUGGAGAACAAGGUGAUCACGGUUCACAAAGUGUUCCCCAGCGGGCUGGCCUCCCAGGAAGGGACAAUUCAGAAGGGAUAUGAGGUCCUUUCCAUAAAUGGCAAGUCCCUCAAAGGGGCCACGCACAACGAUGCCCUGGCCCUCCUCCGCCAAGCCCGGGACCCGCGGCAAGCCGUGGUCGUCACAAGGAAGCUGCCUCCGGAGGCCACGCCAGACCUGAACUCCUCCGCGGACUCCACAGCCUCGGCCUCCGGGGCCGGUGACAUUUCCGUGGAAUCCACGGAGGAUGCGGCGUGCACGCUGACGCUAGAGAAGACCUCUGCAGGGCUGGGCUUCAGCCUGGAAGGAGGAAAGGGCUCCCUGCUCGGGGACAAGCCUCUCACCAUUAACAGGAUCUUCAAAGGGGCAGCCUCAGAACAGAGCGAGACGGUCCAGCCAGGAGACGAAAUCCUGUGCUUGGCUGGCACUGCCGUGCAGGGCCUCACCCGGUUUGAAGCCUGGAACGUCAUCAAGGCUUUGCCUGAUGGACCCGUGACGAUUGUCGUCAGGAGGAAGAGCCCCCAGGCCGAGGGGCCGGCGGCGGCCGGAGACUGCUAGGCAGUGCGCGCCUCCUCACAACCGCUGAGCUCAGGGUCACUGCCAACCCUCCGCCCAGAGCGGGGACAGCACGGUGUGCUUCCCGGGGCUGCUGCCUGGGUCCAGACCUCCUGGGACACUGCCCAGCAAGAGAGUUGUCCCAGCGGCAAGGGCAGUCACGCUGGGCGGCCGGUGCAGACUGGACUAUGCACAGAGAGAGCUGAAGGGUGACACUGUGGUGCUGUAAAUAAAGUGGAUCUGUGACCGUUUGUUACGGGAUCUG